AUGGGGGAGGAGGUGCAGCAGCGCGUGGCCGCCGCGACGGCGGUGGUGGCGGAUGAGCGGAAGAGGCUCAACGCGCAGCCGUUCCAGCUGCACAUUCUGGUGAGGGCGGAGUGUGACAGCAAGGGGCUGAAGGCGCUGCUACAGUCACUGCAGGACGUGAAGUACGGAGAGGACGAGGUGCAGGUCACCGUUGCUACCACGUGCAGUGCUGCUGCUAGGAGUGCACAGGAGUUCCCCUGGUUCCAUGGCCCAAGGCGCAUAAUAGAGCUAUCAGGCAACAGCGCCAAGCCCACCGACCCGCUCCCCCUCUGGUUCCCCACCUCCCCCAAGGAUAUCGGAGGUGACAGUAGCGAGGAGGAGGAGAGCACGGGGGCACAUGUGUCGGGGCUGUUUGGGAUCGCACUAGACCCAGACUCACCGUUCUUGGCUGAAGACUCGCCGAUCAUGACUGGCUUUAAGCGCCCAGAAGAAACCCUAUUAGGGGGAGCAGCAGCAGCAGCAGCAGGAGGAGGAGCAGCAGCAGCAGCAGCAGCACGAGGGGCAGCACGAGGGGCAGCAGGGGCGGCAGCAGGAGGGGUAGGAGGGGCAGGGGGGGAAGCGGGAAUGGGGGUGCUGUCGCUGGCGAUGGCUCGCACGUGCCAGGUGGUGUUUCCUCAGCCGUGGCGGCAGUUCUGGGCGUGGCACGCGCUGUCUCAGGCCCAGCAGGUCACCUCUGCUCACCUCAAGUUCGACUGGGAUGCUUAUGACUUCAGUGCUCCCUGCCGGGAAGCGCCCCCUGCCGGGAAGGUGAGAUGGGUAGGAGCAGGAGCAGUGGGGAGAGUGGGAGGGGGGAGGGAGGGCGGGGGGAGUGGGGGAAGUGGAGGGGGGGGUAGGGAGAGAAGCGGGAAUGGGGGAGCUGUCGCUGGCGAUGGCUCGCACGUGCCAGGUGGUGUUUCCUCAGCCGUGGCGGCAGUUCUGGGCGUGGCACGCGCUGUCUCAGGCCCAGCAGGUCAAUUCCGCCCACCUCAAGUUAGACUGGGACGCCUACGACUUCAGUGCUCCGUGCAGGGAAGGUGA